AUUUUGACGUUUCAACACACGUCAAGAGAGCACCAGCGCAAGAAAGGAACACACGAGUUUUCACACACGUAAAUCACGAGAAAUUUGCAUCCGAAUUUCGUGAUCGCGUGUGAAAGCGUGCACCUUGUGACUCCGUAGAGUGUUUGUGUGUGUGUGUGUUCGAGAGUGAAGCUGCUUCUACGAAAGGGCCUGAAGAAACUACCGCCAAAAGAUGGGUAACGUGUUGGCCUCCUCGAAACCGAUUGCGGGUCCCGGUGGCCUUCCGCCUCCGAUGCCUACAGAAGCUCUCUCUGCGGCCGGCGAUGGUGGCAGUACGCCGGACAAACCAUCGGGUGAUGCAAAACCACUAGAAAAUCCCGGCACGAUGGAAGAGCUGCACAGAAAGUGCAAAGAUGUGAUGCCAACAAACUUUGAAGGAGCCAAACUGAUGAUCAACAAGGGCUUGAGCAACCAUUUCCAGGUUUCGCAUACGAUCAAUCUGAAUUCCUCGAAUACUAGCGGUUAUCGGUUCGGUGCGAUGUACGUCGGCACGAAACAGCUUUCUCCGACGGAAGCGUUUCCCGUGGUGCUCGGAGACAUUGAUCCGUCGGGCAAUUUAAAUGCGAACAUCAUCCAUCAAGUAACGCCGAACGUUCGGUGCAAAUUCGCAUCUCAGAUUCAAAGCAGCAAAGUCACGGCAGCACAACUUACUACAGAUUACAAGGGACCAAACUACACGACCUCCCUCACUGUCGGCAACCCAAAUAUCAUUAACAAUUCAGGCGUGGUAGUUGCUCAUUACCUGCAGGCCAUUACGAACCAUUUGGCAAUGGGAGGCGAGUUCGCUUAUCAGUACGGGCCGGCUGUUCCUGGUGGACAGAUCGCCCUCAUGUCUGCUGCUGCCAGGUACGCCACCGAUCUGUAUACAUGGUCCGGCACAGUAGGUGCGGCCGGUGUUCAUCUUUGCUAUUAUCAGCGCGCCAGCGAGCAGCUUCAGAUCGGUGCGGAGGUAGACACUAACUUCCGAAUGCAGGAAUCUGUGGCCACCAUCGGCUACCAGGUGGACCUGCCAAAGUCGGACCUAGUGUUCCGGGGUAUGGUGGACAGCAACUGGACGGUGGGUGCCGUUCUGGAGAAGAAGCUACAGCCUUUACCCUUUACCUUCGCGCUCAGCGGUAUGCUGAAUCACACAAAAAACCAGUUCCGGCUCGGAUGUGGGUUGAUUGUGGGCUAGGCGCUAGAAACAUCUAGUUGAACCAUCGAUAGAGGAAGACAUGUUAGACACGAUAAAGCAUUUCCUUUUCAACGAUUCCGACACAUUCUUAGAACUGGACUGGAAAAAAAACGGUGAAAACUGCAAAAGAGAAUAGCAUAUAAACUCGUGUGCACCAACCAAGUAAACAAAGAAGAAAGUUACAGAAAAGCUACCACUACAUCAUAUACUGAGCUGCUGGCAGGGAGGACGUAAAGUUACAAGAGCGAAUCAACAAAUAUAGUUGUUGCACAAGACGGGCAAGCCCGCGCGUGCUUGUACGCUGUGCGUUGUACAAAGAAGCAGGUUUACAUAGAGUUUAUAAUCGCCCGACUGCCCCUUGUGUAGCUUUGUUCCCGGUUUUCAUUUGCCAGGAAAGUCCAGGGUAGUAUUGCGUUUGUGACUGCCUGCGCCAUAGUGUGUCAACAAAGAAAUAAAUGUUUCGUGAAUGCGAGCCACCAAAUGAAGGAUCCGAGAAUCAUCUCCUGUACUGCUGCAAGCAACACGCUGACAAAAUGGCAACACAUCACCCUCUAACUCCUAUUGCCGUGCGCCGAUCGUUUCUCGUUUCAACGCCUACUUAGCUGAGUUAGAAAGAGAGAGAGAGAGGAGCAGUAGAAUCUGCGGAGCGUUUUUUAAAAGGUA